GUUGUUGCCCCGUUUAACUUGUGUCUUCUACAGGAGCACGCCGUUACAAUAUAACGGCGUGUGGUACAUAUAAUUGUAAUGGUUACUUACGACAUUAAGGCUUUUAAUGAAAAUAUGAUGAAAAUGGAUGGGAUUUUUACUUCCAGAACCACACUGUUGCGCUCUAUUGGUAUAUUUUGGCGGGAUUGGACCCUGAUUGGAUCGGUCACAGCGCGCCUUCCUGCGCUGAGUGGAAGUGACGCACACGCACAUCCUCAGACCCAAUCUUCAUGUGUUGUUUCAGGAAGAAGAAGCAUCUAAACAAGCGGUUCUAAAAUGAGCAGACUGCAGCCCGCAGUGGAGCAGUCCCCCCACCCUGCGGCCCCCAGGCUGACCCGCAGCGCUGCCUCCCAGGCCCGGCUGGGCGGCCCCGGACCGCCCAAGGAACCGGCGCCCGGCCCGUACGGGAAGCAGCGCAGGAAGCAUACAGACUCAGCCCUGGCCCAGGACCUCAGCCAGAUGAGGGUCAGUGGGCAGGAGUCUCCUCUGGGCCACGCCUUGGAUGGUGUCAACAUGCGCCACCCGUCCAGGAGUUCUACGCAGAAUGAUCAGCCUGCUCCAUCGCCGCCUGUCAAGGAGGGCCCCCGGGCCAGGGUCAAGUCCUCCUCCCGGGGCGGGCUGGCCUCAGUGGCCCGCCUGCUGAAGCUGGGCCGCUGUAAGAACAUCGUGGUGGUGGCAGGGGCGGGCAUCAGCACGGCCAGCGGGAUCCCUGACUUCAGAACGCCGGGGACAGGCCUGUACUCCAACCUGGAGCGCUACGACCUUCCUUACCCCGAAGCGGUGUUCAACAUCGACUACUUCUCGGAAUGCCCGCAAGCCUUUUUCUCGCUGGCCAGGGAGCUGUACCCCGGCCGCCACCGGCCCAACUACAUCCACUACUUCAUCCGCUCGCUGCACCUUAGGGGGCUGCUGCUGCGCGUCUACACCCAGAACAUCGAUGGCCUGGAGAAGAUGUGCGGCAUUCCUGAGGAUAAGCUGGUGGAAGCCCACGGUAACUUCACCACCGCUUCGUGUCACCUGUGUUACACACCCUACCCCGCUGAAGACGCCAAGGUGGCCAUCAUGAGUGGCGACGUGCCCACGUGUUCCUUCUGUGCCGGAACGGUGAAGCCAGACGUGGUUUUCUUCGGAGAAGACCUUCCACAGAAGUACUUCCUGCAUUCUGAAGACUUCCCCAAAGCAGAUCUCCUGAUCAUUAUGGGAACAUCGUUACAGAUCGAGCCCUUCGCCAGCCUGGUGAACACAGUCCGGGCCUCGGUCCCCCGUCUGCUGUUGAACCGCCACGCCGUGGGGCCCUUCCUGAAGACGCCGCUCCGCAGGGCGGACCACUUGGAGCUAGGAGACCUGCUGGACUUGGUGCAGCGCAUGGCCCACUUACUGGGGUGGAGCGCGGAGAUCGAGGAGCUCAUGAGGAGCCAGGGAGACUGGGUGGGGCCCCCCACCCAGUCAAGAGCCAUCGUCAGUUGUGUGGAUUAAGCCCGGGCUUGAAAGUGUGUCACUUCAUCUGUCAGCUCCGCCGUUUGACUUGUGAGCACGUUACACCGUUGUCUUGUGGUGCGUCAUACUCCCGUCUGCAGCGCUAGUCCGGUAAAACAUGAGAACGGCUCUGAGCCUGAAUGAGCUCUGCUUCCUAAAGGCAGCGAAGACACAGAACACAUCACUGCCCAGCCCAUAAUACACUGGAAUGGCAACAGGGUUAUUUUUAGCAUGCAGAGAUAACUAUCUGUGAUGCAUUGUCUACUCCAUGUGUUCAUAUCAUAUCAGUUUCUUUCCAGUGGUUUGCAUGGCAAAGAGCAUGGGUGGUCUUUGCAAAGAUGGUUUAUGUUUGCAAUAUUUCCAUGUACAGUUCACGUGUAUGAAUAUUGAAUUUUAAGCACUUACAACUUACAGAAUAAGUUGAACUAAUAAAGAAUUUUACAGCGUUG